AUGUCGGAAGCUAGUUCAAAUCGUUUUUUGCAUUUGCACCCUUACAAUUUGAAAACCGAGACGAUCGACUCCCUCCGCAAUCCAUCGAUCGCGAUCAGGAAGAAUUCUAUCGGCGGACUCCCGCGCUCGCGGGCUCACGACGGCUGGCCGGCGGAUUCCCGCGCCUCGCUCCGGCUGGCCGGCGGAUUCCCGCGCCUCGCGCCGGCGGCCCUCACGCGCCCGCGUCCGCAGCUUCGCGCCCCGCCGGCCUUGCGCUGCCCUCUAGCUGGAGGCCCCCCCGCCCCUCGCGAGCUCGCCUUCCGCGCCGGCGGCCUCGAGCUCCUCGCGCCGGCGGCCUCGCGCUCCUCGCACCGGCGGCCUCCUGCCCCUCUCGCGGGCGGCUCCCGCUGCCCUCACGAGCUCGGCUUUCGCCGGCGGCCUCGCGCCCCUCGCUCCGGUGGCCUCGCGCCCAUCGCGCCGGCGGCUCCCGAUGCCCUCAAGAGCUCACCUUCCGCGCCGGCGGCCUUGCGCCCCUCGCGCCGGUGGCCUUGUGCCCCUCACGCCGGUGGCUCCCGCUGCCCUCCCAAGCUCGCCUUCCACGCCUCGCGAGGGUCUCCCGAGCUUGCCUCCACCUUCUCCCAUGCGUCCUCCUCAAGGAGGCCGGCGCCGCCGGGGUUGCUGCUCCUCCGGCCCUGGCGACCGUGA